GGGGGCUGUGCUCCCCUCCCUCUGCACAAGUGGCUGCCACCAUGUCGACUUCGUCUCUGCGCCGCCAGAUGAAGAACAUUGUGCAUAACUAUUCGGAGGCUGAAAUCAAGGUGCGAGAGGCCACCUCAAAUGACCCAUGGGGCCCAUCCAGCUCCCUCAUGUCCGAAAUUGCUGAUCUCACCUACAACGUGGUGGCCUUCUCUGAAAUCAUGAGCAUGAUCUGGAAGCGUCUCAACGACCAUGGGAAGAACUGGCGCCACGUCUACAAGGCUAUGACUCUGAUGGAGUACCUGAUCAAGACUGGCUCAGAGCGGGUGGCACAGCAGUGCAAAGAGAACAUCUACGCCAUCCAGACACUCAAAGAUUUCCAGUACGUCGACCGUGACGGCAAGGACCAGGGAGUCAACGUGCGGGAGAAGGCCAAGCAGCUGGUGGCCCUCCUGAAAGAUGAUGAGCGCCUCAAAGAGGAGCGGGCCCACGCUCUCAAGACCAAGGAGAAGCUGGCUCAGACUGCCACUGCUUCUUCGGCUUCCUCAUCCUUGGCGAAUGCCCCGGUGGAAGCCGAGCAGGCCUGGCCCCAGAGCAGCGGGGAGGAGGAGCUGCAGCUACAGCUGGCGCUGGCCAUGAGCAAGGAGGAAGCGGAGCAGGUAAGCGCCAAGCACAAGGAGCCUUCGCCUGACGCAAGAGGCUCUGAGAGAACGGAUCUGCAGGGUCCAACCCGUUGUCCCCCUGCAGUGGCCGACGAAGACCUACAGCUCCAGCUAGCCCUUAGCUUGAGCAAAGAGGAGCAUGACAAGGAAGAGCGGAUCCGACGUGGGGAUGACCUGCGACUCCAGAUGGCCAUUGAGGAGAGUAAAAAGGAGUCAGUGCCUGCAAAGGAGGAGUCAUCACUCAUGGAUCUUGCUGAUGUCUUCACCACUCCACCACCUGCCACUGACCCCUGGGGUGGCCCUCCUGCCCCCGCCGACCCCUGGGGUGGCUCUGCCCCAGUUGUGCCCGCAGCUCCCACCGACCCCUGGGGACCAUCUGCUACUGGAGCAGCUUCUACAGGAGGAGACCCAUGGGGACCCCCCACAGCACCCCCUGCAGCCCCCUCGGACCCUUGGGGAGGCCCCUCAGCUGCAGGCACCGACCCCUGGAAGUCUGAAGGUGGGGGUCCCACCGGGACCACAACAGCACCACCCCCAGACCCCUGGUCAUCUGGCCCCACUCCGGCACCCCAAGGGAAACCUGCAUCCGAUCCUUGGGCUCCGGCAUCAACGUUCUCAGAUCCCUGGGGCGGCUCCCCUUCUAAGCCCAGCACCAACGGCACUGCAGCUGGCGGAGGCUUUGAGCAGUUUGGCAGCCCCAGCGAUGGGGACGAAUUCUCGGAUUUCGACAGCCUGCGUCCAGCGCUGCCUAAAUCGGGGAGCAGCACAGGUGAGCUGUCGCUCUUAGCCGGAGAGGUGCCGGUUUCACGGGCCGGCAUCAGCACCGACAGCCCCAAUGCUUUUGACAUGGUGGCCGUGAGCGGAUCAUUACCAGAAGCCUCCAAGCCGACACGCAAGACCCCAGAGUCCUUCCUGGGUCCCAACGCUGCCCUCGUCGACUUGGACUCAUUGGUCAGCAAGCCCUCUGUUCCCACCAGCGCUGCAAAGGCCUCCAACCCCUUCCUGCCCCCUGGUUCAGCCUCUGCUCCCGCCCCGUCUGCCUCCGGCACAAACCCCUUCCAGGCGACGGCAACCACCCCCCUUUCGCUCAACCAGCUGCGCGUCAGUCCGGUUCUCUCCCUGUCCCAGCCAGCACCCCCAGCUUUCGCCGCCACCGCUCCCAUGGUCUCCGUGUCUCCCAUGGCCCCCGGGAUGCCCUUAGCCUCGGUCUCCCCAAUGGUGGGGGUGCAGCCCUUGGGGGCUGUUCCGCCCAUGGGCCUCCCUGCCAUGGGGCUGCCCCCUCCUGCCAUGCCUCCCGCUGGCAUGGUCCCCAGCAGCACCUCGGCCUCCACCGUGGGGAGCACCAAUCCAUUCUUGCUAUAAUCAGUGGGGUCUUUGUCCUGUGGUGAACCACCCCUCUCCCCUCCCCUCCCCGCCCGGUUGUAUUUCCAGAUGGCAAUGGUGCCCCCUCCCCUAAAAUGUUACAGCUGAAUGGGGCAGUUGGGGUGGGGCUGUGGAAAAGGAAGGAGAGAGACAGGACUUUUUUAUGUUGAGCUCUUCCGCCCCCUUGAUUCAGGGGCUGGGCACACGUUCCCCCAUUUGUGUUGGUGGAGGCGAGGGUCCCUCCAUCCCCCAACCGCUUUGGCCUUUAGGGUGGUCGAGAGGGUCCGCUUUUGCCGCGGUUCUAGGAGCGGCAAGUGGCAACUCUCCACAACCCUACAGGAGGCCAGAGUGACCUAUGCAGGAGAGAAUGAGAAACUGGCAAAACGGGCAGGGGGUAGAGGGGGCCUUUGAGUGCUCUCUCUCUCUUUUUGCCCCCCCCCCCACUUAUCACACUAUCAGCCCCACCUCUUGAGGCACUGAUCAAAGAGGACCUCCUCUUGGCCACGGUGGCCCCCACGUCUCUCUCCUACCCCUGCAAAAGGGAGUUAGAAAGGGGAAAAGCCAACCCCCUACCUCUAGGCUCUUCCAAAUCAAUUCACACAGAGGGGGGCAAGCUCUAACCUUUUAAAUAUAAUUUUCCCCCUAGACUUCUCCCUUUUCCAAGCGUGUCACUUCUCCUCCCCCCUCUAUUUUCCCAUUUUAGUUGGGACCAGCCCUCCUCUGCCUUUCUUUUUUCCUUGAAGGGCAGAAAUAGGGCAAAAUCAAUAAGGCCCCCUCACUCUAGAGGGCCUGGUUGAGACAGAGGGGAAUCAUUGGUCUGUCUCCUCCAGCCUUGGGGCCAAGAGGGAAACCACUAACUUGAAGGCCAGAGACCAAAACUGGAUCUAGAGCAGGGAGCCAGGCUGGCCUACCUGGGGUGGGGCCAUGCCUGAAGACCCACCUUCAGUAAUCUUCCAGUUGGUCCUUUAAGAGAAUCAGUCACCUUCACACCAAGCAUGGAACCCUGUUUGAAGCGGGGAGCCUCAAAACCGUCGCUGCAGCCUCUUGCAGAGGAGGAACCCGGAAGCCGCCCGAGGAUUCUAGAAACCGUCAAAGGGAGCUUUCCUGUGGCUCUAAAACAGUUGCAGGAACACCUGCAGGGAAGCUGGAGACUCACAAAGGGCUCUUCCCCAUCUGGGAAAGCAGAGCCCACUCCUUCUUCACCCCACCCCAGUCUGUGGACUCGAGCAGCCCAGCCCGCCUUGGAGGAGUGCAGAGACAACACCCUGGACUUGUGGAUCGAAGGAGAUGCUUUCCUGCCCCCCGUGCACAUUGCUUGGAAGUUGAGGGGGGGGCAUGGGCCCAUGCACCUGUGGUCCCAGGACCCUAUUUGGCAGCACUCUUCACGCGGAUGGCGUUCAGACACAGUCAGCACGCUCACUUUUCCGUGCGUGAUCCACUCUUCUUCCCACACCGGGUUCUCUUCUUGUGCCGCCAUUCCCGUUACGUACUGAGGGCCUACUGGGGAGAGGUACUGUGGAUUUACAAAUGAAACUUUGAAAUGUUCUCUCCCCCCUCGAACUUUCAUCUCCCAACAAGCGCAGCAUUUGAUGCGGGAGUGGGGGGUGGGGUGGGAACAGCAGAAGUACAGAAGAACCCCUUGGACUGGUUGAAAAUACUAUGAGGAGAGUGGAGCAUUGGAUGGUUGUAUUCUCUCCUUCCCUUCAGUGUCAGCAGCUUAUGGGGAAGGGAGGGUCCAAGCCUGUGUGUGUGCGCGUGCGUAUGCGUGUGUGGUGCUGCUGUAAGUGAUUGUCCGUUCCUGUUUUUAUGUUGGGGGGGCACUCACUCAUAAGCACCCAGGACAAUCUGCUGAAUCCCUCAUCCCUGCCCCCUGUUCCUUGCAAUUGUUUCCAAAGUGGGUGGUGUAUGCUACUUCCCUUCCCCCCCUCCCCAAUCGAUCAAUCAUGUUUGGGGAUCCUUUCCCACUACAACCCCGUAUAUUUGAAGAAUUAUCGUGUCAUUGGUCAGGGGGUUUGGGAGAGUAAAUCUUGGCUGUGUAUGACCCUCCCUCUCUUGGCUCUUUUCACCCCUACCCACACCACCACCACCGCUCUGGUAUGCAUCAGAAAACAAAAAAAAAAACUCUUAAUGAAAUGAAAUAAAUGGAAGUUCUUCUAUGGCA